AUGCACGAAUCCGGUCAAGCUGAUGAUGAUGUCUUGCUUUCUCCUGAUGGAGGAUAUGGCUGGGUCGUCGUGGGCUCGUGCUUUAUCCUGAAUGCUCUUACAUGGGGUGUAACAGCAUCCUUUGGUGUCUACCUAACAGAAUACGUCUCUUCCGAAAGAUUCGCUAAUGCUAAGCCGUUGGAAUACGGGCUUGUCGGCGGGCUGAACUUCAGUUGUGCUAUGCUCCUUGCUCCGCUAGCGACCCACCUCGCCGGCCGAUAUCCUUUAAAGGCUGUUGUGCUGCUUGGGUGCUCCUUACAAAGCAUUGGUUACGUAACUGCUCCCUUUGCCUCCAGAGCAUGGCAUCUGUAUCUUACUCAGGGGGCUCUUGUUGGGAGCGGGAUCGGCUUCGUCAUCGUCCCUAGCACGGCCGUCCUGUCGCAGUGGUUUUCGAAGCGGCGGAGCAUGGCCAACGGCAUCAGCUCUGCCGGCUCCGGCGUCGGAGGAGCAGCCUUUACCUGGGGAACAGCUGCCAUGAUCAAACUUCAGGGGUUGGACUGGGCACUUCGCGCGACUGGCAUCAUUACCUUGGUGGGCAUCGUGAUAGCAACUCUUUUGCUUCGACACAGGAACUCUCAGAUCCAGCCGAACCAGCGGGCCUUUGACAUCGCCCUUCUUCGGUCCAGAGCGGUUGCCUUGCUUUUGAUGUGGGCUUUCACCACCAUGUUCGGGUACGUUGUCCUGCUGUUUUCGCUGUCCGAGUUUGCGCUCGCCAUAGGGCUAUCCCGUAAGCAGGCCACCGACAUUGUUGGCUUUUUGAACGUGGGGACCGCGAUUGGACGCCCCCUCAUUGGCCUGGUGAGCGAUCGUUUCUCUCGGGUUGCUACUGCCUGCGUGCUCACGCUUCUCUGCGGUCUUAUUUGUUUUGUCCUCUGGUUACCCGCCACGUCAUUUGGCCUGACACUGUUCUUUUCCAUUCUUUGCGGGGCAAUCUUGGGAAGAUUUACUAAUAGCGUCGCACAGACCAUCGGUCCCUUGUCAGCUGAAGUCGCGGGUAUCCAGAAUCUCCAAGCAACGCUCUCCCUCGCUUGGGCUGCCACAAUCCUCCCUGCUGCAUCUGCCGAAGUCAUAGCUUUAAUGCUCCAAGGGUUGCCAGCCCCGAGAACGUAUGUCUACCCUCAGGUAUUUGCAGGUUUAGCAUAUGUCAUUGCAAGCGGAUUUCUAGCAGCGCUGUGGAUAAACUUGCGUCACAGAGACUCAGCAUCCCAAACACGCAGGCUGCCUGGUGGUAUAGGUGAUGUAGAACUGAACAGAAACUCCCGGUGA